AUGUACACUGACCAGGAGUCCGACCACCAACAAACUUUCGAUAAACUGGACAAAAACAAUCUCUCACCGAAGUAUCGAGGGUUUAUUGCAACAACUUGCGGUGCUGGAGCUCCAAGUCGCGACUUUACAUCAUCUAUCUGUGUCGGCAAACUCAUUCCUCCUAUUGCUGAGGCUUACCCCAACACCACAACCUCAUUCGUACUUCUACCUCAUGGUCUUCCCGAUUUUCAAUUCAAUGGAGAUGCAGGAGCUAUCAGACUGUCAACUCGCAUUUUAACGUACGUUGAUGACCACGGACAUGAAAAGCAAAUUAUGGUGUCUUCGGCCGAAGGACAGGCCGAUAUCUUACUUGCUGCAGUCAAUGGGAGAUUAGGUGGCGAUUUGAAGCUAAAUCGGUUGUCCGUUCGUCUUCAUCGUUCAGCAAUACCUGGCAUGGAUCCUUCGUCUAUAGAACAAUUGACACCCUUAGCUAAAACGUUCAUAGGACCACAACUAAGUCAAGCUUUAAAGAAGGGAGUGCCUUUUCCACUGAAG